AUGGCGAAUGACAAAGCUGCUAUAUUACUCAAAGUUAUCCUAUUAGGGGACGGUGGUGUUGGCAAAUCAUCUUUAAUGACUCGAUUUAUACAAGAUAAAUUCGAUGAAAAUUCAUACCACACUAUUGGCGUCGAAUUUCUGUCCAAAAACAUCAAUGUCAAUGGCAUUACUUACACUAUCCAAAUUUGGGAUACAGCUGGUCAAGAGCGCUAUCGCAGUUUGCGUACACCAUUUUACCGUGGUGCUGAUUGUUGUUUAUUAACCUUUGCCUUAGACAAUCGUAAUAGUUUUGACAAUUUAGCUACCUGGCGUAAAGAAUUUAUAUUCUAUGCUGAUGUUAACGAUCCUGAAACAUUUCCAUUUGUAGUCCUUGGUAAUAAAGUAGAUAUACAACAUGAACAGCGACAAAUUCAUCGUAGUGAAGCUGAAGAAUGGUGCUACAAUAAUUAUCAAAUGCCUUACUUAGAGACGAGUGCUAAAGAUUCAACAAAUGUUGAAGUUGCUUUUGUCAAAGCAAUUGAAAAAGCUGUUAAAUUAGAAGAAAAAGUAGCUAUUAAAACUGAUUUUAACAGUACAAUUGAUCUAACCAAAUGCAAAGAUAAAUCAAUCGCAUCGCUACUAACAUACUGGGCAACCUUUGCCUUUUAG